AUGCUUUCUUUGUUGCACGGAGUGAAAGUAACAUGUUUUAUCUUUCUCAUACAGGCUUCUGGUGAGCAAUCAACAACUCCCCAACCACCAGCUCGUAGAAAGCGGGACAAGAAGAAACAGGAAGAUGAAAUCAGUUUACGGAGCAACCGUAGCAGUUCUAGUAGUCUUGUUAGGAUGGACUUACCUUCUAGUGAUAAGGAGCAAGGAGCUGGUCUCCUACCCCUUCCACCAAAGGGAAGACCACGUAACGCACCACCCCCACCACCGCCAACCUACCUGUCAUCCGCCCGCCAUCAAUCUUCAUCAAAUAACUCUAACCAGUGUUCUUUAAUUGAUAUAACUCAUGAGAGUCCCGAUAGUCCAAUCAAGUGUGAGUUUGAGGACAACUUUGAACCCCUUGUUACAUUAGAGGGAUCAGCACAUUCGGUAGACAGUCCAGAUACUGGGAAGCGAAAAACCAAAGGUACAGAGCUGUUAGAGGAAUAUGGACUAUUCUUUGAUACCCUUGAUGUAUCACAGCCAUCUUCCUUACCAGUUGCUCCAUUAGGACAGGAAUCAGGGACACCUAUGCAGAGUCAGCAAGGACUCAUGCCUCAUCCAGGACUUGUCAGGAACAGUAGCGGUCUAGCAGAUCUUCUGUCGAUGCCUCGAGUAAACGUUACUAACUCUUCCUUUGAGUCGUCGGCACCUGUAUCCUCUGUUCCAUCGUCAAAUCCCUUUGCCUCUUCCCAACCUGCAGUGCCUCACCAACCUAGCACAAACCCUUUCAAGAAACCUCUAGAACCCACCAAGUCUGUGACAUUAAGUGCUGAACCUGAUGACCCUUUUGCUGCUUUGGUUUCCAUACAGAAGACCAAUAUUAGUCCUGUCAGUAAAGAUUCUCCAGGAAUACCAGCUAGAGGCCCCAGUCCAUCAUGAGAAAACAAGUGAGACCUAUUUGAGCCAGUAUUUUGUUCAACCAGUUAUUCAUCUUACAUCACAUCAUGGUACUUAAUCCAUAUCACAGGUUCGGCUAAUUAAAAGAGAAAAAUUCAGCUUUUCAUUGGAAUGUUUUAUAAAAGAUUAUGUCAUAAAUAUUCAUUUUUGCCUUGGAAGACUGGUUUGAAUGGAUGUUUACAACCAAAAUAUAUUAUUUAAAUCACCUGAGAAGUGUUGUGGUCCUGAGGCUGGCCUCAAAGCCAUUAUGAUUGGGUGACCAGUUUUGAUGCACAUUUUGAAAAUAAUUACAAAGGUGAUAUAUUCAAUAAAAACAAAUCUCAGACAAAGUUAGGAAUACCAGAUUAAAUUUUUUGUUUUUAUUUUUUAUUCAGUUGCUACCUUUCACACCAUACUGCAUAAAUCUGCAGUAAAUGGGAAAGCUGCAAUGAAUAUCAGUCAAAAAAUUGCCCUGAUACUUUGUAAAAAUGAAAAAAAUUAUGUAAUAUUUUCUUAUAAUUUUCUCUAUGGUAAACGAAUGAGAGCUGAAACAGUAAAUAUCGAUCUUGCUAUUAAAGAGAGCAAGACAAGGGUACUGAACCCAAUUUGAAUGUCAAAUUUGUACUUGUAACACAAAUUACAUAUGAAUGUAAUAUGGUGUAUUAGGGCAUCAAUGGAGUUUGAGGGUUUCAUUUGAAACAUAUAAAAUAUGUUAAACAUAUUUUAGUAUAUUCUCAUGCUAAACUGGGACUAUGUCCUGAAUAAACAAGGAUCAAAGCCCAUGCUACUCUGCGAUGCUAGUUUUCAUCCCUUUUAUUCACUAUUCAUGACCAAAAAUGACCCAAAAAUCAUUUAAAAUCAAAUUCAUAGUAGGCCUAUACUAGUAUUCAAAUUAUUUUUCCCUUGUUUUAAUUGCAUUUUUUUUUAUCUGGGGGGGGGGGGGAUUUUCAUUGCAGAAAUUAAAUAAUCUAUACUCAAGGUAUAUAUGGUAGUAACUGUGUCUUAUUACAGUGUAGACUUGAUUAACCUAGAUUUAACCCAAGGUUUGUUUUAUUUAAUCAAUGAUUUGAGAUUAUCAUUCAUCACAUUAAUUCAAAAGCUUAUAGUGGGUUGUUUAUUAUUCCCCCUUAAAUAACAAGGUGAUCGUUAUUUGGAAAAAUCAAAUAACUGUCCCUCAUUUUCAAAACUAAUCAAAAUGCAAGUAAGUUAUGCGUUUGAUCAAUACAUGGCUGUACACAGCAUAGGGGCAGGAGGCAGCCCCCCCCCCCCCCCACAAGAAAUUUAGAAUUAAAAUUUUUAUUGAAAAUUUUCACGAAAUUCACCAAAAGUGUGCAUGAAACCUUAAAUUUCACUGUGGAAAAUGCAAAAAUGCCCCCAAGACAAGAUAGGUUGCUUCACUCCCUCACUUUUGAUUUUUUUUUCAAAAUUGUUUAUGCUCCCCCCAACCCCGCCCCCCCCCCCCAAAAAAAAAAAAAAAUUGUACGGCAAUGAAUCAGUAUGCAGUCAAGCCCCAGGCCAGGGCAAUGCAAUAUGGUAACUCUCAACUUUUUUUCAGUUUUCUUUGAGUGCCUGUAUAUUCAUUACAUAAAAUUUUGUAGUUCCAGUUUCUCUUCUAUUCAUGUAAAUAUAUAUUAAAUAAUCAUCUCCAGUCGGUUGAGUUGAAAUGUGUUGGUGAAUUUAAAUAUUAUACAUUUAACACCCAUUCUCAUUCUGAAGUAUGAUAUUUCCUACAACUUACAUCAACUUUGUCACAACAAACAAAAGAAAAAUGGAGGUUACAAUCUGGCACUUCAUAUUCUAGUCAUUCAUUAGCUUUUUAUGAAACACCCCAGGGGCCCCAUUUCAUAAAUUACUUGCAACUGUUGUAACUUUGCAAUUAUGGUAACUACCAUGGUAACAGGGCUCAGCAGUCAAUCAUAAUCAAGGUUUCCAUGGUAGUUGCCAUAAUGAAAAAGUUACAACAGUUGCAAGUUCUUUGUGAAACUGGCCCCAGGCCAUUUAGUACUCCUGUACAAUCUUAAUAUCAAGGAUUUGAAAUGAAUACUGAUUCUGUGGAUAAUGAAAAACCGAAUGUUGGAUUUUAAUUUGAACCUUUUGGAUUAAAAUUUAUAUCUAUUUUAUUUUUAUUUUAAUCCUUUGAGAUAUAGAAAAUAGGUCUUGCUUGGUCAAUAUUCACAGUCACUUUGAGUUUUUAUAUCCUUAACACUUUGGGUGUAUACCACAAUAUUUAACAUAGAUAUGAAAAAAUAAUAAAUUUACAAAGUUAAGACUUGACGGAUUAGUGAUUCACAAAAGUAUUUUUAGUAGGACUUGACAAUGUGAUACAUGGAUUUUUGGACCUGCUUCAUCUUUACCUGCCAUCUGUGAAAUACAAUCCAGUUUACUUGUAAUCUUAAGGCUCAGCCAUAUACACAGGCAACAAGUUCACCAAUAUUUGCCUGUAUAAAGUCAUUGAAAAAUUAAGGGUCCAAAAUGUUUCAGAGGCCUGGUUGCAAAAAUAAAAUGAUAAAUCAGAUUCUUGGAAAUAACAUGUUUUGAUCAUUAUAUAAUAUUACACAUUAUUGACAUCAUGAUGAAAUAAUUAUGAUAUAAGAAUGAUAAUGCUGAUGACAUAAUGAAAUCCAUAAUAAGUCUGUCUGAACAUUUUUGGACAGUCAUAUAUUAUUAAAGUUAAAACAUUUGUUGCCUGUUCAUUAUUUUUCAUCCUACUUUGUCCUUGCUUUACAAAAACAUAUUGCCACAGUUUGUUUCACCAUUAAUAAAACAAUGCUCUACUCUGUCUAUUCAAAAGAACAAGUUAUAAUCCUUC